CUUUCUGACUCCACCUGAGGACAACAGGCGAGACAGCAGCUCAGCUCAGGAUCACUGCUGCCAGCACGAAGGAAGACAUGGUGUCAGUCAGACUCACGGUGAUGGCGAUCACACUCGUCACUCUUUGCCUCGUGGCCACAAACGAAGCAGUAAGUUCCAGAUGCUGUUCAAAAUACAUGACAGUCAAACUACCAUUUCGUAUUAUCAAGGGAUACUCAGUCCAGACUGUUACAGAGAUGUGUCCUUUGGAUGCAAUCAUUUUCCACACCAGCAAGGGUAAAGCAUGUACUGAUCCUGCUUUGAAGUGGGUGAUCGACUAUGUCGAAAUUUUAAGGGAAAAGGCCCAACUUGUGCACAAGACCUCACAAGCACUCAAAUGAAGAAGUGACUCCAGCUACAUCAAGCUACCCUCUAUCUCAGCUUCGCCUGUUAUCCGGUGACCAAAGAUGUUUCACUGUUUUACACUUUAACUGCUGUCAAUAAAAGCUGUGUUGCUGAGCCAUGUGUAUCAGCUCAGUUGUAAGAGCAUUUUAUAAUAUAAUUUUCAUAUUUUUAUGUUCUUUGUGAAUGUAAAAUGUUGUUGUUGCACUUGUUUUUAUAUCAAACAUUAAAGUUUUGUUAAAGAAAGACUA